AUGACUCUUCUGCCAUCGCCCCUCGCUCAAUCAACCUUGGGCGAGAAGGCCGCACUUUACUUCGAUCAAGUCACAGACAACCUCCCCGUAUUCCUGGAAUCUCUCCGCCCACGAUUGGACCCGUUUUUCACUUAUUCCGCCACGUCUCUCCGGUCGGCAGCGCGGGCGCUCCCCUUUGACGUUGACGAGCAAACAGGGGCUGUGUACAUCGCCGUAUUCCUCGGUUUAAUCACAGUCGCCGUGAUGAGCUGGGCUAACCCCCUCUCUGGGUUCUGGCGCCGAGAUUAUUCUGCUGCCCCCAAGGUCAACGAUGAAGAUUUCAGCUACAUCACCCCGAACGACAUCGUCGAUCCUCCUUACAACGCUCCUCGUUACGAAUCCCAACGAUAUGAGCCCCAACAUGAUGGUGGUGUCGACGAGAACGAGCCGGAUGUCAUCUGUCUAAGACACCGUGGUACCAUCUACCCUCUCCGCUUCCGCGCGUAUGCCAUCGACGACGGCUUGCUGACGGUGGGCGCGUUGCGCCAAGAGGCUGCCGCCCAAACCGGGGCUGGCAAUCCCGAUCGAGUCCGACUAUUGUAUAAGGGAAACCUGUUAAAGGACGAUAGUCGGUCAUGCAAAGCCGAGGGUCUCAAACAGCACUCAGAGGUGCUAUGUGUAGUCUCCGAAGUGGGCGCGAGUACCUCGAGUGACGUUUCUGAUGGCGAUGCUGCAAGUGCCCGCCCAGGGUCCUCAUCCUCCCAAGUAGGAGACCCGGAGGACGAGGCCGACAGCGCGCCGGUCAAAAAGAGAAACAGAAAUCGUGGCAAGAAGAAUAAGAAGAACAAGGCCCCUCCCCAAGAAGCCCCUGCUUUCCCACCACGACCUGCGUCGACUCCCACCCCAUCCUCUACUCCGCCACCGCCACCCAACCUUAAACAAAUCCCUACUGCCAUGGAGCAGGUGUCUGCUUUGAGUGGAUACCUUCAGCGAGUGCUGAUUCCUAUGUGUGACGACUACUUAGCCAACCCCCCGACAGAUCCUAAGAAGCGUGAGUAUGAAUACCGCAAGCUUAGUGAGACUAUUCUGGCCCAGAUCAUGCUCAAGGCUGAUGGGAUCGAGCCUGAUGGCAAUGUCGAUGUUCGCAAUGCACGAAAGGCUCUGAUCCAUGAGGCGCAGUCUGCUUUAAACCGCAUUGAUCAGGUUAACAGAGACUAG